CGGCGACGUCACAGCCGUCACGAUUCGGCCGCCGAUUGAUACUUGCGCGAAGUGCAUUCAUUGGUUUUCUUGGUGACAAGUCCUAUUUUCUGUCGGAAAUGCAGCUUCUUUUUCGCUCAUCUGGAAAGCUGAAGGCUGCCCCUCGAGCAUGGAUAGCCGCUCCUUGAAAGCCACAUUUAUACAGCACGUGUGUCGAGGUGUCUACUCGUAGCGUGUACCGUUCGCCGGGUUUCGUGCGAACGUUUGUGAUCAACUGCUUGAAUUCAGUCGGCUGAAGAAGGAUCAUGCGAAACUCUUGUAUUGCUGCUUCGUUAUAAAUCGACGGGCGAUCUAGUCAACGCGUCACCUAUAAUAUUUCUGACCACUGCCGGUGCUCGCGCCCAUCAUUCCACUAUGUAUCCCCAGCUCAUCGUCGCGCUUUCGUUUCUCGUUGGUGCCUAUGCCUACGUUGCUGAUCAGCUCCAAGGUGCUGUACCGAAUCUGGAUUUUCGUACAUCUGAAGAUGUGUUCAAGCCUGCUGCCUCACCAACUUCUAAAGAUGAUGUAUCCACAGAGUCCAACACAGAAUUCUGGCAUGGCUUCCUGGGGGCCAUCUCAGUUAUCAUUGUCUCUGAGCUUGGAGACAAAACAUUCUUCAUUGCAGCCAUCCUCGCCAUGCGCCACUCACGCUUGGUUGUCUUUGGAGGUGCCAUUGCAGCGCUGUCCAUUAUGACAGUGCUGUCAGCUGGCUUAGGCUUUGUAACUACAGUUAUUCCACGUGUAUACACACAUUAUUUGUCCAUUGCCCUCUUCGUCUUCUUCGGUGUUCGCAUGAUCAGAGAAGCGUACUACAUGCAGCCUGAUGAAGGCAUGGAUGAGUACGAAGAGGUCCAGAAAUCACUGAGCAGAAAAGAAAUGGAUGACAGUGCCAACCAAGCGAGGGACUCGGUUGUCAACAUGGAGGCUGGGUCGACGUCAGUGAGCUUUCGUAGGCGGAUGCGCUUGUUCCUGUCUAAGGUGUUCUUUCAGGCACUCACCCUCACUUUUGUGGCAGAGUGGGGCGACCGCUCACAGAUUGCCACAAUUAUUCUUGCUGCACGAGAGGACCCGGUGGCAGUGUCACUUGGAGCCAUCCUGGGCCACAGCCUGUGCACUCUGCUUGCAGUUAUUGGAGGGAGGCUUGUGGCGCAGUGGAUAUCUGUCCGAACAGUCACCUUUAUCGGAGGUGUAGUGUUCCUGGUCUUUGCAGUGUCAUCGUUGUACCUUGGCUCUGGAGAAAAAUCAUUGAGGAGCCUAUGAGGCUGCAGCUUUGGCAGGCCUAAGGCACCAAAGAGAACAUAAAGUUUAGGAUUGUUUCUAUAAAAAAAGUUAACGUGUGCAACUUUUGGAUGGCUAGAGCUCGCGAACUGUAGGUAGUGAAUGAAAAAAUGCAAUUGUGUCUUUCUAUAUCUUAUCUUGAGGGCAUUCCUAAAGUGUCCCACGGAAGUUAAGUGGUGCUGCAUUGAGUAUGCGUAAGCAGCAGUAUUUUACUGCCUAUGUUCUCUACAAAUUGUUGUACUGUGAUUACUAUGUGCUAUCAGUAAAGCCUCGUUAAUUCAACCCUCAUUAUUACAAAAUAUUUGAUAAUAUGGACUCGCUUUCCAGUCACAGGAAGCCUAUGCAUUAUUUAAUAGCAUUAUUCAGAUAUAUUGGGCUACACCUGUGUUAGUUUAGAGUGGAAAGUGCCGCAAAUGUGCGAUGCAAAAUAAAGAUAAAUGUGCUAGUGUGCAACCAAAAUGAAGAGGCGCAGCCAACGUUAUCAUAGUCAUCAGGCUGAGCAUGCGGUAAGGACAGGCUUUGGACAGUCUGUGCCCAUUUGCAUUUAUCGCCGCAUUGGUCAUGUGCCUUCACAAAGGCAUGGUUUCCAUCCAUGAUCACGUUGUUAGUGAGCUGGAUUUCAUCCGCAGAGGUUGCACCAUACAACAGCUUCGUUUUGACUCGGUGUGUGUAGGCUGCAUGUGAUCCUUCAGAAAUGUGUGGACUAUGUAUGAUUGCACUGCUAGCAACCGUGGGUUUAAUCUGCAGUGGUUGUGUCACUCUGAUGUUUAGCUUUAGCUAGAUGCAGUACUUGUGCAGUGUCACAAUCAUGGCAGGAGCUGUGGAGGAUGAACAGGUGAUUUUGCCGCGAUUUUUGUGCUGGCAUCAAACUACCCAGUUAUGUCACAGUGGGUAGAUGAUGGGUUGCCAGUCAGCUCACUGGUGAUCAAAUUAUCAUCAUACGUGCUUGGUGGUGGUGAUAGUAGCAAAGGGGGAUAUGGGAGAGUGGAUGAAAGGCACAUCGUCGAUGAAAGUGCAGGUGUUGACACCUUUGAUAAUUUGGUAUUCACUUUAAAUUUUUUCCCGUUCCCGUUAAUUCCAAAUUAAUGAGGUUUUGCUGCGUGUGAGUUGGGCCUGAGCAAACAGACUGUUAAAUCUCUUGGCUUGGGGAAAUGGCUCAGCUUGGCAUUAUUGAGCAUCCGCUGGUUCCAGCACAUUUCCAUUACUUGAUAGUAUAGCAUUCAGCUUAUCAUGUUUAGUAUAUUGUUUUGUUGCUGUCCAUUUGUAUCUGUUGUAUUAAGCUUAGGAAUAAGUCUAUAGCCAUGAAAUAUAAACUCUUGUACAAAUUUUUGAUUUCAGUGUACAGCUUUUGCAAUGGUUGGUGUGCCUGUGUCGCGUUACGAGACCAAGCAAUAAAAACAUUUUUGUAGCAAUUUGUCUGAUGAAAAUUAUAACAGAAAAUGUUUCGAGCUUCAGUGGGGAGGAAAGGACAGCUGAAGCCAUAAAUUGGUGUCGGUUUCCCUGCUGGGUGUUCUCCUUUUUAGCACAAAACACUGCUGCUGUAAACGUGUCUGUCUGAAUCUCUGUUGCUGCCUUUGAGUGAGUUGUUGGCUAUUAAAAUUUUGGCGACUGCAGAACAAAGUAAGCAUGGUAUUAUGAUGUGCUGUCUUUUGUUUAUAUAAUACCUUUGUGCUAAACAUACUCUUGUUGAUUUUGGUGCAGUCAUUAGAUCAAUUGUACAAAAUCUUGCAACAUUGGAAAUCUUGACAGAGAAGGGAAGCACUUUGUGUCUGAA